AAACACUGUCAGACGAAUCAACCGCCCAUGGCUUUCAGCUGUAGGAUCAUUCCACAAACCAUUCUUAUCAUUCGUCACACCACGUCUAUUGGAGGAGGGACGUCGACACUACAACUGUCCAAAUCUCGAUGGAAUUGAUAUAGAGAAUGAAGGUGGUGAAGGAACAAUCGGUACACAUUUCGAAAAGCGGGUUGUCGGUGAUGAAAUCAUGGCAGGUGUCACAGGAGUGAAAGCAGUGACUUCACGACUGACAUUAGCUUUCUACCAAGAUUCUGGUUGGUGGGACGUCGACUACUCACUCGCGGAGAAAUGGGACUACGGAAAAGGCCUUGGCUGUAGCUUCGUAAUGGAAAGCUGCUAUGCGUAUAUGAACAGAAUGAAGCAACAGGGAAGAAGUAUUGAACCGUACUGUGAAGAACCGAGCUCUUUGAUGUGUUAUCACAAGAAAGCCUUUGGCAUAUGUGCAGUUUCCAGGUUCAACAGACAACUGCCUGCACCCGAACAAUAUUUCAGAGGUAUUCCUAACCAAGGAGGCACCUCUACACUUUCGGACCAUUGUCCUGUGAUUCAGCCGAUGAAAACAUUCUUCCAUGAACCAUUGAUGACGUAUUGCAAUCAUCAUUUGAAUAGACAACAUAUGCAAAGAGGAAACAUGUUCGGUCAAGACUUUGGCAAUAAUUCAAUAUGCGUUAGACACAGAGGACCUUGGGAGGCCAGGAUGAAUGGAAGAGUAUCAAGAGAUCCUCGGAUUUUGGCGACUUGCCAUCAGAUUUCAUGUUCUGGAGGCCUGAAAAUAAUUGUUAAUGGUCAACCAUUCCCCUGUCAGUCAGGUGUAGCAAGAAUAAAAACCAACCAGGUGACAGGAGAUGCUAUCUGCCCAAAUCCAAAUGAAGUUUGUGGACGUGGAAAGAAGUGAAAACUGGCGGGGACUACAAAGUCGGUCAUUGCUUUCUCAAGUUAUCCAGUUAACUUGAGUCAACUUGAGGUCGUUAUUACACUGCCCAAUU